GAUGUCGGAUGACAGGAUAUCAGGCAACUGGUCUCUUUCUUCGGCGACACCAAUGUUCCCACCAGUGAACUCCUCCUUUAACACCUCCCUCCCUCCGUCGUUCACGGACUGGGAGGCUCCUACCUUCACCGCCGCUGCCCGCGUCCGCGUGGCCGCCACCAUGGUCCUCUUCGUGUUCGCUGCGUUCUCCAACCUCUCGGUGCUGAUCAGCGUGGCACGGGGCCGCGGGCGCCGCCUGGCCGCCCAUCUCCGGCCACUCAUUGCCAGCCUGGCCUCUGCAGACCUGGUGAUGACGUUUGUGGUGAUGCCGCUGGACGCGGCGUGGAACGUCACCGUACAGUGGUACGCCGGUGAUGCCAUGUGCAAGCUGCUGUGCUUCCUCAAGCUGUUUGCCAUGCACUCGUCUGCCUUCAUCCUGGUGGUGGUCAGCCUGGACCGCUACCAUGCUAUUCUGCACCCGCUGGACGCACUGGACGCCGGACGCAGGAACAAGAGGAUGCUGCUGGUUGCCUGGGGCCUCAGCUUGCUCCUGGCCUCCCCACAGGUGGGUGUACAUACGGUAGCCUCUACAUUGUUCUCAGACUACAACAUAACAACAUGGAUAUUCAAUUAGUAAGCCUUGUAUUUCUCUUUUAUGUUAGGAAGAUAGUGGUCCACUUGAGAUUGCUGAUCCACUAUCUUAGUAGCGUGUUAUCCACACUGAAUAUCACUCCAUUUCACUAUGGUUUCAGUUCACUGAAUCACCUUGCGCACGCAUUCAAUUAAUCAUUUGCACCUAUGUCUGUAAUGUUUAUGCAUAACGAAUCAGUCGAUGACUGGAUCACCAUCCACGAAUCAGAAGACAAAAUAUUUUGUUGUGCAACAUUUGUCCACGUGGGUUUUAGGCUGAACAGUCCCAUAGUUUCUUAGAGGACUACUCUCUAGCCGUCCAAGUGCCCUUCUACUGGAAAAGGUCCACACUGAAUCAGUGUAUUGGAGCAAUAGUGAAAUGGAGCGCUAUUCCAUUUGGAUUCCAGGCUAGUAAGAUUGCAGGCCAGCAAUCAAUUUUAAGUUGGUCACUGUCUUCCUCACACAAUAGAGCAUAUAUACAGUCAGUGAUCUGCCAAUCAAAUGAAGUCCUAUGGGUAGGUGGGUGGUGCAUUGUGAGGAAAUAAUCUCUCAGCAAAAUAGAGAGCAUUCCCAAGGUUGGUGUAUUCAACUGUAAUUCUAUAGGGCAUGCACACCAGCUCUUGAUUGAUGGCUGUAGUAAUGUGAGUUGAAUGGCUUAGAAGUGGAAGCAGCUUAAGCAGUUGUCAGCUUGGUAACAAAGUGUUGCUAUGAUCAAAUCAAAUGAUCAAAUUGGCUCAGGAGGUCAACUGCAUAUUAAUGUUGACCUCCUGAGUGUCCCACCUCAAUCCAAACAGUAGUGCUGUGAAUGAUAUAAGCCUUUGCCCACCCUGACAAGUAGGGAGAGAGAGAUUGUGUUCACUCAAAUGUAUAUACUGUAUAUCCAAUAAUAUGAUAUGUAUUGUCAAUUGGUCUUUAGAAACAAAGCAUGUGGAUUUAUGCAAUUUUACUCAUAUUCAAACCAUUUAUUUUGUAAUAUUUUUGUAUUUACAUGUAUUUUAUGCCAAUAAGCACGUAAUUUGAAUUGAAUUAAGAAAUGGGGGAGUAGAUUUCAUUCCAUGCUCACAGAUCAAUUUGUAGUCAAAAGUACAGUACUUUGGACGCUCCAUCAAUUCCAGUUCAAAGUUGAAGGUCCCAUUACGCUGCACUGAGAGAAAAUAGCUUUCCUUCCAGCAUGGCUAGAUUUCUGAGUGUUCCCUCCUUGUUUUUACUGUUACAGAGAGAGAGAGCGAGAGAGAGAGAGAGGGGGAGAGAGAGAGAGAGGGAGAGAGAGUUUUCCACAAAUGCAAUCCCCUUAAUGUCAGAGUCUCGGAGAGGUGACAUUUCUGGCUGUAAGUGGAUGCGACCUUGGAGGUGCUAGUCAGUGACUGGUGUUCCAAAUUAAUAGGAAGAAGGGAAAAACACAACACUUCUGCUGUAGGAAGAGGGACAGAGGGAGAGACACAAGGUGGGGGAGCCAGUCGACUGUGGAGAAGGGAGAGAGAUGUUAGACAUCUCAAAGACAGGAGUUUGGGUGGUGAGUUGUGGAGAGAUCAAUAUGCCCCCCUUCCCAACCACACACACACACGCACAUGCUUGACAUGGAUGGUCAUUCUACAGGAAAUGUUCCUGGUUAGGCAAUUAAGGCAACCCAUCUUAUGGUGACUAAACACAGCACUGGUGACUAUCUAAUUUACUACGCACCCACGCAAGCAUGCAGGCACACACACUUUACAUUAUGAUAAUCAAGUAGAUAUGUGCCGACAGAAGCCAUCUCAUUUUGAGUGUUUCCUUGUUCAUGCUUACUAAUUGACCAAUGUCUUUCAAGGAUUGGUGGAGAUGGCAAGGGGUUAAAGUAAUUCAGCACAAAACAUGGAUGAAUUCGUCUUUUUUUCACCCAACUUUUAACCUUAAUCCAAUGACAUGGUGAAUUAUUUAGUUGAUUUCACGUUGAAUUCAUGUUAGUCGACGACUCUACCAAAUGUAAAUCCAAAGUAGACGUUGAAAUGACAUCUGUGCCCAGUGGGAGGUGACUGCAGGCCGAUUUUAUUAGCACUUCAGUACAGCAGAACGAUGGCAAACACCCUCAUCAAAAACAGUGCCAAAAAUACAAUAGUGAAGUGAAGCUAUACCAGUUGGCAAAACUGGUUGCAGUGACGUUAUUCCGUCGUCUUCUGUGAUGUCAUGGGUGUAUACUAUUUUUAAACGAGUCCAGAAAGAAGCUAUUAUCAUCUGGUUCCCUGUGUCAUUGUGUGUGUGUGUAAUUAUAGGAGAUACAGUGGGGGAAAAAAGUAUUUAGUCAGCCACCAAUUGUGCAAGUUCUCCCACUUAAAAAGAUGAGAGAGGCCUGUAAUUUUCAUCAUAGGUACACGUCAACUGUGACAGACAAAAUGAGAAAAAAAAAUCCAGAAAAUCCCAUUGUAGGAUUUUUUAUGAAUUUAUUUGCAAAUUAUGGUGGAAAAUAAGUAUUUGGUCAAUAACAAAAGUUUCUCAAUAGUUUGUUAUAUACCCUUUGUUGGCAAUGACACAGGUCAAACGUUUUCUGUAAGUCUUCACAAGGUUUUCACACACUGUUGCUGGUAUUUUGGCCCAUUCCUCCAUGCAGAUCUCCUCUAGAGCAGUGAUGUUUUGGGGCUGUCGCUGGGCAACACGGACUUUCAACUCCCUCCAAAGAUUUUCUAUGGGGUUGAGAUCUGGAGACUGGCUAGGCCACUCCAGGACCUUGAAAUGCUUCUUACGAAGCCACUCCUUCGUUGCCCGGGCGGUGUGUUUGGGAUCAUUGUCAUGCUGAAAGACCCAGCCACGUUUCAUCUUCCAUGCCCUUGCUGAUGGAAGGAGGUUUUCACUCAAAAUCUCACGAUACAUGGCCCCAUUCAUUCUUUCCUUUACACGGAUCAGUCGUCCUGGUCCCUUUGCAGAAAAACAGCCCCAAAGCAUGAUGUUUCCACCCCCAUGCUUCACAGUGGGUAUGGUGUUCUUUGGAUGCAACUCAGCAUUCUUUGUCCUCCAAACACGACGAGUUGAGUUUUUACCAAAAAGUUAUAUUUUGGUUUCAUCUGACCAUAUGACAUUCUCCCAAUCCUCUUCUGGAUCAUCCAAAUGCACUCUAGCAAACUGAAGACGGGCCUGGACAUGUACUGGCUUAAGCAGGGGGACACGUCUGGCACUGCAGGAUUUGAGUCCCUGGCGGCAUAGUGUGUUACUGAUGGUAGGCUUUGUUACUUUGGUCCCAGCUCUCUGCAGGUCAUUCACUAGGUCCCCCCGUGUGGUUCUGGGAUUUUUGCUCACCGUUCUUGUGAUCAUUUUGACCCCACGGGGUGAGAUCUUGCGUGGAGCCCCAGAUCGAGGGAGAAUAUCAGUGGUCUUGUAUGUCUUCCAUUUCCUAAUAAUUGCUCCCACAGUUGAUUUCUUCAAACCAAGCUGUUUACCUAUUGCAGAUUCAGUCUUCCCAGCCUGGUGCAGGUCUACAAUUUUGUUUCUGGUGUCCUUUGACAGCUCUUUGGUCUUGGCCAUAGUGGAGUUUGGAGUGUGACUGUUUGAGGUUGUGGACAGGUGUCUUAUAUACUGAUAACAAGUUCAAACAGGUGCCAUUAAUACAGGUAACGAGUGGAGGACAGAGGAGCCUCUUAAAGAAGAAGUUACAGGUCUGUGAGAGCCAGAAAUCUUGCUUGUUUGUAGGUGACCAAAUACUUAUUUUCCACCAUAAUUUGCAAAUAAAUUCAUUAAAAAUCCUACAAUGUGAUUUUCUGGAAAAUAAAUUCUCAGUUUGUCUGUCAUAGUUGACGUGUACCUAUGAUGAAAAUUACAGGCCUCUCUCAUCUUUUUAAUUGGGAGAACUUGCACAAUUGGUGGCUGACUAAAUACUUUUUUCCCCACUGUACGUGUGUCUGAUAGCGGUGUCUGCAUAGCUGACAAAGCCAGAGAAAAGACGCUGAUUAACAUUGAUGUGUGUGUGUGUGUACUAGAGCUGGAGGAAGUGGAAAACGGCUAGUAAGAAGAAGCGGAGUGUAUGACAGUCUGUCAUGAAUUGAAUGAAUUACUGAGAGUGCGAGAGUUUGCAUUAAUAGGAAGUUAUCAUGAAGCAAAAGGAAAAAAUACAGUUUAAAAGAUACAUUUCCUCCAUUCCCAAUAUCUAGGACCAGUCCUUACAGCAGCCUAUUUAGUUGGUGUGGAGCACCAACUGUUGAGACACAGUCAGUUGAUCAGGUGCAAAAAUAGGUGGUAUUUAUUUACAGUGCAGGUAAUUGAGAAGAGUGGAUCCAGAAAAAUUAUCAAAAAUUUGCUGACAAAAAUAUAUAUGCCAAUACUUAACUGGAAACGUCUAGGAGCAACAACGGCUCAGCCGCGAAGUGGUAGGCCACACAAGCUCACAGAACGGGACCACCGAGUGCUGAAGUGCGAGGCGCGUAAAAAUUGUCUGUCCUCAGUUGCAACACUCACUACCGAGUUCCAAACUGCCUCUGGAAGCAACGUCAGCACAAUAACUGUUCGUCGGGAGCUUCAUGAAAUUGGUUUCCAUGGCCGAGCAGCCACACAGAAGCCUAAGAUUACCAUGCGCAAUGCCAAGCGUCGGCUGGAGUGGUGUAAAGCUCGCCACCAUUGGACUCUGGAGCAGUGGAAACGCGUGAGUGAUGAAUCACGCUUCACCAUCUGGCAGUCCGAUGGACAAAUCUGUCUUUGGCGGAUGCCAAGAGAACGCAACCUGCCCCAAUGCAUAGUGCCAACAGUAAAGUUUGGUGGAGGUGGAAUAAUGGUCUGGGGCUGUUUUUCAUGGUUCGGGCUAUGCCCCUUAGCUCCAGUGAAAGGAAAUCUUAACGCUACAGCAUACAAUGACAUUCUAGACAAUUCUGUGCUUCCAACUUUGUGGCAACAGUUUGGGGAAGGCCCUUUCCUGUUUCAGCAUCACAGUGCCCCCAUGCACAAAGAGAGGUCCAUACCCCAUCGAACACUUUUGGGAUGAAUUUGAACACUGGCUGCAAGCCAGACCUAAUCGCCCAACAUUACAUUGUUUUUUACAUUUUUGUCAUUUAGCAGACGCUCUUAUCCAGAGCAACUUACAGUUAGUGAGUGCAUACAUUUUCAUACUGGCCCCCCAUGGGAAUCGAACCCACAACCCUGGCAUUGCAAGCGCCAUCCUCUACCAACUGAGCUACAAGGGGCCCAACAUCAGUGCCCGACCUCACUAAUGCUCAUGUGGCUGAAUGGAAGCAAGUCCCCUCAGCAAUGUUCCAACAUCUAGUGGAAAGCCUUCCCAGAAGAGUGGAGGCUGUUAUAGCAGCAAAGGGGGGACCAACUCCAUAUUAUUGCCCAUGAUUUUGAAAUGUGGCGUUCAACGAGCAGGUGUCCACAUACUUUUGGUCAUGUGGUGUAUUAUAACACUUCUAUAUCAUAUCGCCUCUGGUGCAGAGACUGUAUUGAGAGGAAUCAUCAUUCUAACAAAUUAGAAUAGAUUGUUUUUUUAAUAGAUUUCUGAUUAGGUCAUUAAAAGGCUGCUGCAUGUGUCAAAGUGUCUUUCCUAUGUAAUUAUACUUUUCUUCACUCCACUGAUGUAUGUCUGAACUGAUCAAAAAUAUAAACGCAAUAUGCAACAAUUUCAAAAAUGUUACUGAGUUACAGUUCAUAUAAGGAAAUCAGUUAAUUGAAAUUAAUUAGGCCCUAUUCUAUGGAUUUCACAUGACAGCCAUGGGGGAUCCAGGCCCAGCCAAUCAGAAUGAGUUUUUCCCCACAAAAGGGCUUUAUUACAGACAGAAAUACUCCUCAGCAUAAGCUUUUUGUACAUAUUGAAAAUUUCGGGGAUCUUUAAUUUCAGCUCAUGAAACAUGGGACCAACCCUUUACAUGUUGUCACGCCCUGGCUCUGGGGACACUGUUAUGUUGAGCCAGGGUGUGUAAUUCUAUGUUUGUAUUUCUAUGUUGGCCUGAGUGACUCCCAAUCAGAGGCAACGAGUGUCAGCUGGUUGUCUCUGAUUGGGAGCCAUAUUUAACUGUCUGUCUUUCACUUUGUGUUUGUGGUUUCUUGUUCUUAUUUGGUUUGUGUUCAACCGUAGACAUCACGUUUUCGUCUGUUGUUUUGAUCGUGUGAUCAUUCUAAUAAAUAUAAUGUUCGCAUUCAACGCUGCGCCUUGGUCUCUCCCUGACGAUCGUGACAGAAGAAACCACCAAAACCGGACCAAGCAGCGUGUCCAGGAGCCAUCGCUAGCAGAUCUCCGUGGCAACCUCGACUGGGUCAAGCCUAGUGAGGAGCAGAGAGGGUGGACUUGGGAACAGUUGAGGAAGAGCUUCGACUGGGUCAAGCCCAUUGAGGAGCUGAAUAGCGGGAGUUGGAGACAGAAGAGCGAGAGUUGGGCGAGAACGAUAGAGGCCUGGCCCACGGGGAGGAGAGACCCCCAUAAAAAUUUUAGGGGGGGGCUCACGACAUCGGGGCAGCAGGAGGCCGCGAUAGAGCGGUCCAGCGGGUUGGCAGAGGAGGCCGCCAGGUUACGGGGGCCACUGGUCGAAGAGGGGAUGGAAGGUGGAGAGGCACGGCGAGAGGUACUGGGGUGUGUUACCAGUCCGGUCCGGCCCGUUCCAGAUCCCGAGGUAGGGCCAGUGGUGUGUGUCCCCAGUACGGUCCGGUCUGUUCCUGCUCCCCGCACCAAGUCAGUGGUGCGCUUCGUCAGCCCGGCUCGGCCCGUUCCUGCUCCCCGCACCAAGUCAGUGGGGCGCUUCGUCAGCCCGGCUCGGUCCGUUCCUGCUCCCCGCACCAAGUCAGUGGUGCGCUUCGUCAGCGCGGCUCGGCCCAUUCCUGCUCCCCGCACCAAGUCUGUGGUGCGUUUCGUCAGCCCUGUCCGGCCCGUUCCUGCUCUCCGCACCAAGUCUGUGGUGCGCGUCGCCAGCCCAGUCCGGCCCAUUCCUGCUCCCCGCACCAAGUCUGUGGUGCGUUUCGUCAGCCCGGCUCGGCCCGUUCCUGCUCCCCGCACCAAGUCUACGGUGCGUGUCGCCAGCUCGGCCCGGCCUGCUCCCCGCACCAAGUCUGUGGGCCGUUUCGUCAGCCCUGUCCGGCCCACUCCUGCUCCCCACACCAAGCCAGUGGUGUGCGUCGUCAGUCCAGCACGGCCCGUGCCUGUUCCCCACACCAAGCCAGUGGUGUGCGUCGUCGGUCCGGCACGGCCCGUGCCUGUUCCACUGGUGCCUGGUCCGGCACCGGUCAGAUGCGUCACGCCGGAGCUAGAGCAAUCCGCUCCAUCAGUGUGCAGUCCAGCUCCGGCCAGCGGGGCCAGACCGGACCAGGGGUACUUUGGGGGUUUGGAGAGGGAGUGGGGAUCAGGCCCGGAGCCGGAUCCGCCGCCAAGGCGGAGUGCCCACCCGGUCCCUCCCCUGUGGUAUUUAGUUGGCGCGGUCGGAGUCCACGCCUUUAGGGGGGGGUACUGUCACGCCCUGGCUCUGGGGACACUGUUAUGUUGAGCCAGGGUGUGUAAUUAUAUGUUUGUAUUUCUAUGUUGGCCUGAGUGACUCCCAAUCAGAGGCAACGAGUGUCAGCUGGUUGUCUCUGAUUGGGAGCCAUAUUUAACUGUCUGUCUUUCACUUUGUGUUUGUGGUUUCUUGUUCUUAUUUGGUUUGUGUUCAACCGUAGACAUCACGUUUUCGUCUGUUGUUUUGAUCGUGUGAUCAUUCUAAUAAAUAUAAUGUUCGCAUUCAACGCUGCGCCUUGGUCUCUCCCUGACGAUCGUGACACAUGUUGCGUUUAUAUUUUUGUUCAGUAUAUGUACAGUAACUCUGUACUUAUUAACACAACAUUGCCCUCAUAACUGAGCAAUCCAUUUACCACACUCAGUUAACUAACUGGGAAAAACUAGGAGACCAAGCUAACAUGGUAUUUUAUUUCUGAUGGGCACUACAUAUCCUCUACCCAGUACAGCCAGAGAAUGGGCCCCACCCUCUGAGGGCUCAAUUCAAUCCGUAUUUCAGAAGUUCAGCGCUACAGCGCAAUUGGAAUUUAAAGGUAAUUUCUGAUUGAGCCGGCAUAUGCAGCGUUUACCGUUAAUGCAGUCUCUAAGGAUGCAGGAACAUUGCCUUUAAAUUUCAAUCACGCGAUACAGAUUGAAUCGAGCCCUGACUCUCAUUUGUCUCCAGGUUUCUUCCCUCUAGGGAGCUUUUCCUUGCCACUGUGCUUUUGUAUGCGUUUUGCUGGUCCAUAGGUCAGGUUUACUCUAAAGACCUUUGCGACAACUGUUGCUGUCAAAAGGCUUGAGAUACAUUUUAUUGAUUGAUUGAUUAAUAUACCUUUAUCAUGAUUUCUCACUCCCCCUUUGUCUCUCUUUAUCUCAUAGCUGUUCAUCUUUCGAGCAAUCAAAGCAGAGGGAGUGGAAUUCACUCAGUGUGUGACGCAUGGAAGCUUCCACCAUCGCUGGCAAGAGACGGCCUAUAACAUGUUUCACUUUGUCACGCUUUACGUGUUCCCCCUGUUAGUAAUGAGCUUCUGCUACACCCACAUCCUCAUCGAGAUCAGCCGUCAGAUGCACAAAGCCAAAGGUGUGUGUCUGUGUGUGUGUGUAUGUGUGUUUGUGUGUGUGUCUGUGUCUGUGUGUUAGUGUAAAAGGUGAAGAGACUCUGCACACUGCAUUCUUUGUUCCCAUGUGAUAUAUUUGACUAUUGAACGUUUCGACAACACAUACUUGUCAUAUUUAGGGCACAAUGUUAUUACCAGGAAAAUCUCAUAUUUUUGUACCUUUGUAUAUAUUAUCUCACUUUUUGUACAUCUAAUACAAAUGAAUCAAUCAACCAGAGUCAGGUCCUGGUCAGGUCACGUGGUCAGGAAGACUCAGGGCAUCACAACCUUCAAUUUACAAAGUACCAUUCCAUAUCUCCUCACAAACUGUGUAUGUCUGUUAUCACUCCAGGUGGGGAGCAUUGCCUGAGGCGAAGUGGCACCGACAUGAUCCCCAAAGCGCGAAUGAAGACCCUGAAGAUGACCAUCGUGAUUGUGGUGUCCUUCGUGAUCUGCUGGACGCCCUAUUACCUCCUGGGCAUCUGGUACUGGUUCCAGCCGGCCAUGCUUCAGGAGACGCCCGAGUACGUCCACCACGCCCUUUUCGUUUUCGGCAACCUCAACACAUGCUGCGACCCAGUGAUCUACGGCUUCUUCACGCCCUCCUUCCGGGCUGACCUGGCUGAUGUGGUCGCAUGCUGCUGCCGCUGCCGAUCGCCAAACAUCUCCCCGAGGUCCCUGGACCGCCUGGCAUGUCGGAGGGGUAGGGCAAGCGGAGAGGCAGAGUCUGACAAUCCCAGUGGCAACCAGCCAAGUGGAAACCUGGGG